AUGGGCCGGCAGUUAUCCGACGAUGAACUGGUAUUCGACUGGAGUUUCCAGAAGCCUUCCGGUCUACCACUCUCCAGAGGCGAAGUGGCGCGCUCAGUGGUGGUUAGUGGAUCCCGUCUGGCGAUUCAGCACGCACACUUGUUUGAUGAAGAAUUAGACGGCUCCCAAGCCAGAUGCGAGGCAAUACGGAACGGUCAACUCUACACCUCUCCCUACUUCCUUCUCAACUUCAUGCCGAAGGGGACCGCUGAUGAGGAUGCUGGAGACGGCCGAAUCAAGGUGCACGUUGAGGGCAUUGAUCCUCAAACGCAAAGUAUUGUAGUAAUACCAGCGGAAACUACAAAAUUCAAAUGCAUUGCCACUGACACAUCUAUCGGAAAUACUGUGGAAGAUGUGAGCUAUGCAUGGGACUAUAGAGGGUCCCGAGGUACAAACCUACCCUAUCACCAUGAUGUAACAGACGACGCCCGGUUCGGAAAUCUCCGAGAAGAAGCUGACGGUGUGUUGUCAAUAACUGGUUCAUCAAAGAGUAUGGAUGAUCCUCGAAUGCAAACCAGCAUCCGUUGUCGCGUCACAAAGGAUGGCGUAGUGUAUACAUCGCCUUACUACUAUGUCCGACGGAUUGACGAGGAAGGAGGCAUUCCUGAAGUACCGAACAUGAAGACAGGGGAGGAGCUUACCAACAUCGACUAUCGGUGGGAAUUGCGACGACCCAACGGGGACUUUCUGGACAGCUCCCAGAUCGCAACUGGUGAGGUGAUUCUAGAUGGCAACUCCCUCAAAGUGGUUGGAGUGAAAGAAAUCGAAGCCACAGGCAGAUGUGUGCUAGUGGAUCCUGAGAAUAAGGAUGAAUUUUCCUCACCGCUCUUCCGUUGGCAAGUUAUACCGGAAUCUUCUGCAAUGGAUGAAGAAAAGCCGGUUAUAAUCGAAACUGCGCCAGAUACGGAUACUCGUGUCAAGGUUUCAAUUUCUGGACUAGACUCUGAAGGAAAUCUGGCCAGCAUGGUCGGCAGUGAUGCUAGUUUGCAAUGCAACGCGGAAGUCUCUGGUGAAGGUGUUCAGGUGCUAAGUCUCGGUUGGGAGUUUGUUGAUGCUCAUGGAGCAAGUGUUUCGCCCAAUGCGGUGGCAGAAUCUGUUCGUAUAUCUUCCCCCACGGACGGUAAACUUGAGCUCUCCGGACUGAAGGCCAACUCAAAGAAGGGCGAAUACCGAGCCCUUAGCGGUCGUUGCGUCGCGAUUGCAUUUGUAACUGAACCCACCGGAGCCGGAGAGGAGACCAUAGUGAAAAGACUAAAAUAUCCUUCCAAGUAUUUUGCUGCCAUUGUGAGGGACGUGAAAGAGCCAAGACUGCCUAUUCUGCCGGACGACCGAGCAGGUACCCAGCUGGAGGUCGUUGUCAGCGGGCUUGACGCUUCCGGCGUGCUGAAAGCACAACCUGGAGACGUGGUGGAACUAAGUUGUGAGGCUGUCGAUUCGCGCACCCGUGCGCCAGAGCCGAAUGUCGAUGUGGCCUGGCAGAUCAGUGACGCAAGUGGACGAAAGAUAAAUCCGCAUGAUAUUGCGCAGGACAUUGAGAGAACAGGGAAUAAACUCAAACUAAACUACCUCCGUCCAACGACCGGACGUUCUGCCUCGGAGGCUCUGGAAGGUCGAUGUGUAGUCUUUAGUUCCGACAAACUUCGGUUCUACCAGUCAUUCCCCUUCAAGAUUCGUGUUGGCGAAGAAGUGAAACAUCCUCUUUUGGGCACUACAGUUGAAGACAAAUACGUGGUUGAGGUGGCCGGUGAUAUCCAAAAUGGGGCACUCUCCGCGGCUGCUGAGGACGUGGCGGAGCUCACUUGUUCUGCAAAGGACAAGACUACGAUGGAGCCCGUGCCGGAAGACAAAGUGACUUAUGGAUGGCUGUUUGAGCAGAACAAUCGGGAAGUGACGUUAUCGUCUCUGGGUGGUGAUUUAGUUCCGGACGUCGUCGUCAAAAUACAGGGUAUGAAUGAGACGAACGUGUUUGAGGUCGCUGUGGGUUCGGAUAAAACACUGAUCUGCGCUGCCAUAAACAAGACCACCGGUCAACCGAUAUCGGGCAUGCAGUAUACAUGGGACAUCCGGACCACGGACGAUGAGCCGUUGAGUUCGAAUUUGCUUGCCAAGAAAAUCCAGACAGAGGCCGACGGUAAACACUUAGUCCUCUCUGGCAUUCAGUGCUCCAGCGACAGCGCUGAGGUGCGUUGUUUGGCACAACCCGUGGAGUUGGAUGACAGCACUAGCAAACCACAACGCUUUUUCGCGUCUCCUUUUGUGCGAUUUAGAGUGCAAGCAGACGAGGAGAACAUACCUUCUGCUAAGCCUGCCAUUGGUAAGCCGAGUUUUGCGUACGAGAAUUGCCCUUCCUCUGCUUUUUCUCUCUGCUAUACUAUUCCAGACCGCUGA